CAGCUUGUCCUUUCCGGAAGACCCUCUCCUGGAUUUCAAAAACAGGAGAACCGUAAGAACAGGUUGUACCAGAAGAGAAAAAUAGUAAGAUUUUGCUGCCGUUCGACCCUUCCGCUCCCAAUCGAUUCUUUCGUAGACCCACGGCAUCUUCUGUCCUCCCUGCUAUUCCACUCUUAGAUCUGUGUCUUUCUAAGCUAGAGUAAUGGUGAAUGCUCGUUUGAUUGGGAUCAGUACAAGGCAUCUAUAAAACCUAUACUGGAGAAUUUUGAGAAGAGCAUCAUAGAAGUUGAUGGAUUGCCUACAGAAAAGAGGAUGAGAAGCUGGGUGACAUAAUUAUUUAUCCUUGGUCCCAGAAGAAUGUGCCCUGGUCAUGUAUAUAAUGCAUCUACGAAGCCUGCUGAUGAAUUUCAAGAAGAGCGUCAUGGAUGUUGAUGGAAUUCCUAUAAAACAGAGGAUGAGAAGCUGGAUGAUGUAAUUGUUCCUCCUUGGUCGCAGAAAAAAAAACAUGAAUGGAUAUUCAUUUAAAAAUUUAAAGUGGUCACCACUUCCACUAAGGGUGACUCUUGUCCUCUUUGUUACAAUAUUUGGUGUAUAUAUCUGCUAUAUCUGUAUGAAGCAGAUAACCGUAGAAAGAACGACACUAUUUGCAACUGAAAAGGCAGAAAGUCAUUGUGAAAUUCAUGACUUUUCACCUGAGGAGAUCCUUUUUGUGCAUUUUCCACAACCAAAAACUUAUAGCAGGGGAGAAUGCUUUUGCACUCCUGUCCGGUUCUUUGUUAUUUUAUCUAUGCAAAGAUCUGGGAGUGGAUGGUUUGAAACUUUGCUAAAUAGCCAUCCCAACAUCAGUUCAAAUGGGGAGAUCUUUUCUGUCAGGCAAAGAAGAGAUAAUGUCUCCUCUAUCUUGAGGACAUUAGAUACUGUUUAUGCCUUAGACUGGUUUAGUAGUGCGGCAAAAAAUGAAUGUGUGGCUGCAGUUGGAUUUAAAUGGAUGCUGAAUCAGGGAUUUCUCCAACAUCCCAAAGAAAUACUUGACUACUUCAAUUUAAAGGGUGUUUCUGUGAUAUUUCUCUUCCGGAGGAAUCUCCUGCGUAGGCUCAUCUCUGUGCUAGCUAAUGAUUAUGACAGACUUGCAAAGCAGUUAAAUGGAACUCACAAGUCACAUGUCCAUUCAAAGGAAGAGGCUGAGAUACUUGCACGAUAUAAACCCACAAUCAAUACUGCAGUAUUGUUAUCCAACCUUGGCCAUGUUGAGAAGACCGUCACAGAUUGCUUGCAGCUUUUCAGCAGUACAAGACACAUAAUAUUAUAUUACGAGGAUAUCAUCAACAACCAUAAUGCUUUAUCUCACGUACAAGAAUUUCUAGGAGUACCUAAGAGGAAGUUAGUAAGUCGUCAAGUUAAAAUUCACACUAGACCUCCAUCAGAACAAGUCAUGAACUGGGAGAAUGUGUUCAAAAUGCUUAAUGGAACGAAGAGACUUGCCUUUGCUUCUUGUUUGCCAACUUCUACAGUUAGCAACUGUCACUUUCAUCUGUGUACUGGGAUAUGCAAAGGAACCUUAGGGCUAGCAGUUAAACUCCAAAAUGUUACCCAUGUAUUUUGGGGUCCUUAGCAAGUGGUGACAUUAUUACUGGAAGAUGAUUCGUUAUGGUAUGAUACAAUGAUCCUGAGGUUAAGUGCAAUGAGAUAGUUUAGCUUUCUUGCUGUCAAAUUUCCAGGGGUAAGUUUUGCAAUAUUAGAUAGAAAAAUAGUUAAUAUAAUCAGUAGAGGACUCUUCAUUUCUGAGUAGCCUCAAAAGUAAUAGCGUCUUGGUUGUCUCCUUCAGAAAGUAAGAGCAGUUGUUUCUCAGAAACCUCAAAGGCUUCAGUAUUUUAACAUGAAGGCAGUGGAAAUGUGCAAGAUCCACUGCUGCUAGAUGGGCAUUUGUUGUUGGUUCAUGAGAAAAGGAGAAAGGAGGUUAUGAGAAUGACUGCAGCUACAUGAUGAUUGGUAUUCUUUAGAAGCCAGAGUCAUGCUUUCUUGAUUGAUUCCUCCCCUUUUUUUUUCGAGUGGAGGGAAAGAAACAUCAAGGCAUCUACUUUAAAAUAUUCAUUGAGAUCAAAUGGUUGUGCAUUCUCAGAUUGCUGGACUUGUUGGUGUGAUUGGGGCAACACUUUGAACGGAUGGAGGACUUGUGAGUAGGUUGCGUCAAGCUGCGGGUAUGUUAUGCAAAGCAUACCACACUGAUUAUUUUAAUUUAUUGUUCUAAACAUAAUUCAAUCAUGUAAAUCUCUGUAAUUGUUUUGUCUUAUAAUGACAGUUUUAUCUUUUGUCGAAUAUGCAUUAAAAAUGAUAUGUUAGAUGUUUUGGCCCUGCCUAAUAGUGGCAAGGCCCAGCUUAUAUUUUACUUGCUAAUAUAUUAGAAAUUUUUCUGGUAAUAGUUUAGCCAGCAAUGCCUGUUUGGAAAGGUAAAAGAACAACGUUUGGGCCACAACCAGAAAUACAAGCUCUCACCUACAUAACAUUACAGUCCUAAUCUUUUCUGUAAUGCUUCAUCACAUAUUCACCCAUGUGGUAUUAUAGUGGCAAAAUAGAAACCAUUUUUGUACCAUCAAUAACUCCUUUGAUAUGCAGUAGAAUUAGACUAAUAAAUAGAAUUUAGAUACAUGAAUUUAUAGAAACAAAAAGGAUAUUGUUGUGCAGAAUCCACCACCAACAGUUAUUAAUACCUCCUUGUGUUGCUCUUUGCCAGCAGGCCCUUCCAUUAAAAAAGGGAGAGCUUCCCAUAUUGAUCUAUCUAUUAGCUUAUUGUUCAUAGCUGAAACACCUUUAGUUUAUUUCAGCUGGUGUAGGCCUGUCCAGUGGAUGAAAGGGAGUAAUCCUAGGAUUUGGCUUAACUCUAUAGAGUAAAUUAGGUGUCAGAGGUGCAUGGAUUGGGAGUUUCUUAAUCACUGUCCAAGUACAUACUUUGGAAUAUUUGGAAUGCAUGUCAUUUAAAGACUAAUGGGCAUUAAACAAAAUGAUGUGGCCAUUUGAGCAUAAAUGUUACAGAGACGCAACAAACUGAAAACACAUUCUUCUGCAAUAUAAUAUUAUCUCUAAAGUUUUUAACUUUUCCAUAUUAAAGGUAGCAUCUUGUCGGAGCUGAUCAUUCACCACUGCGGGGUUAAUGUUUUUCUUAAACACAAAUGAUUGCUUUACA